AUGGCAUCUCAGCCGGGGCCAGCCAUGGAACUGCUUGGCCGGGUGGCAUAUGAAUUGCAGAUAAUGAAACCCCUGUUACCAACAUAUCUUCAUCUUCUGGUCUCGGCGAUUUUUCCAAUCUACACCGCGGCCCAUGCAUCAUUGUCCAGACCACUAUCCGCGGCACCAAAGAAGAAAGGCAAGAACAAAGGUGUCAAUGACCAGGACGAUGAUGAUGAGAGCGACGAGGAAAUAUCUCAGAAGAUCGAGAGCCUGACUCCGUCUGACGCACUCCUCUUUCCCUUACUGGCUGGUGCAACUUUGGCUUCCCUCUAUUUCAUUUUGAAAUGGCUGCAAGAUCCCGCGUGGUUGAACUGGGCUCUGGGUCUUUAUUUCUCACAGAUGGGAUUAUUCUUCGCCAUGAAGUUUCUCAAGGAUGUCUUUUCAGUCCUUCGCUCGUACACCUUCCCCACAGAAUAUUCCGCCGGUGGAUCUCGAUGGAAGGUGGACCUCAAAAGAACGGUUUACAUCUCGGAUCGGGGGACCAUCUCGAAAUCACCAUUACCUGGCAUCUUGAGACAUGUCCCGCUUCCCACGUCAAUCUCUCGUUUCAUAUGGACGCUUCAGAACCUCCUGUACACCAAAGCACGACUCAAUUUCCACCUUCAUCAACUCAUCACGCUGAAAACAUCUGUUGACCUGCUAGAUCUUUCAAGCCUCGUGCUUUCAUGUGCCAUUGUGUACUACCACACAUUCAUAGCCAAACCUUGGUUCCUGACGAAUUUCCUUGGAUUCUCAUUCUGUUACGGCUCCCUCCAAUUCAUGACGCCAUCAACAGCAUGGACUGGCACGCUCGUCCUCGGUGCACUGUUCUUCUAUGAUAUCUACUUCGUCUUCUUCACACCCAUGAUGGUUACCGUCGCCACCAAACUUGACGUACCCAUCAAAUUGCUCUUCCCGCGCCCGGAUGGUUGUAUUUAUCCCGUAGGAGUACCGGAAGGAUCGACAGCAAUGGAGGAAUAUCUUCAAUGCCUAGCGAAGAAGCGGAGCAUGGCGAUGCUAGGACUAGGAGAUAUAGUGGUACCGGGAAUGAUGCUGGCUUUUGCAUUGCGCUUUGAUCUUUACGUCCACUACCUGAAGAAGAGUGGUCGAAGCAAACCCUCACAAUCAAAGACCGUGGUGGUAGACGAGGACAAACCAGCAUACAUCAACGCUCACGGACAAUGGGGCGAGCGGUUCUGGACGAAUUCCAAAUCCAGAUCUGAAGGAGUUCUGGCAACUAAGUUCCCAAAGCCAUAUUUCUACGCGAGCAUCUUCGGCUACAUAAUAGGCAUGAUCACAACUGUGGUCGUCAUGCAGAUCGCCGCCCACGCACAGCCGGCGCUGUUGUAUCUCGUACCUGGCGUCUUGAUAUCUCUCUGGAGCACUGCGCUGGUGAAAGGGGAGUUCCAGCUUCUCUGGAAUUACAGUGAGCUUCCCGAGGAUGACGACAAGAAGGGUCUCAAAUCUGGCGACGAGAAAGAGAAAAAGGACAAACUGGCCAUCACGAAUACCAAGGCCGACACAAACACCGUGGCCGAGAAGAAUUCCGACUCUGAGAAGGAAAAAGAAGGCAUCAAGUCCGAUCAAGGGAUUCAAGACAAGACAUCUGUGAGGCUCAUCGACCAAGAGAAAAAAUGCCGGCGUCUAAUCUACUUCGCCAUCACUCUGCCCAAAUCUAGACCAUCCAGCGGCGGCGAAACGGCGACUGAACUAGCAGCAAUCGCCGACGCAGAAGCAAACGCCGACGAUACGAUCACCGUGGGAGCAGCAGAGUCAAAGUCCAACUCACCGGUAACCCCUCCGAACGAGUCGCUGGCGAUUUCUACUGGUCGCGUGACCCGAAGUCAAGAUCGGACGGCAAGUGGAGAGCCAUUGGGAAAGAGGGCACGGAGGGUAUGA